AUGGAAGAGACAGAGAUCGGCCCUCCCCGUUCUGAAAGAAUGUCCAAACAUUUCCUCAGCAAAGGUAGUCGGAUGGUGAGGCGCCAAACAAGCAAGUUCAACGUACUGGCUACCCAGCAGGACGAUCCCAAGGACAGCCGGAGUACAGGAAUUGCUCGCGUCCGAUCCGCUGGCCAUUUGUUAAAUCUACAUUCGUCCCGCAGGAGCGAGUUCAGGCCUCAGAUCUCUGGUCCCUUUGACUUCCAGCACGUCUCGCACACCAACCAGUCCCAGUAUCAGGAUCUGACCAAGUCGGCCAAAACCGAUUUGGCAGACUCAUUCAGUGCGUUGCAAGCCGACCAGGCACCCGGACAAGAAAUCAAGGGCAUCCCUGUUGCAGACUUGCCGUCCUCGACCCCAUCAAUUGAACAAACCUCUGCAACACCACAGUCCCCCACCUUCUCCAUUGUCCCUUCACUACCGUCGACGCCGCCCAAGCCGGCGCCGCCCCCUAAGGACCUCCCCAUGCCGCCGUCGUUAGGAGCAGAUGUCAGAUUCUCCCGGUCAAUGGACAAUUUCUCUUGGCCGACUCGAUCUCCCCAGCUUGAGACAGAUCAGCCCUUCAUGGCAGAUUCACAGGCCGACAUCGCUGGAGACGAAGCCCCGAUGGUUACAGCCAACCUGGCUCCUUCACCAGGGAAGUUACCAGGACCUGAGACGGGACUUGCUGCGACCGUUCCUAACUCACCACGACAGCUCACCUACUCGGAGCUGCUUGACAAGCCGUUGCCACAGCCUCCUACCGUUGUUCAUGCUGUCUCUACUGUCGAUGACUCAACUUUGCCAAUGAAAAUUGCACCACUACCUCAGGUGCCUUCGCAAAGUCCUGAGAUGAGUUCGCCAGUCAUUACUGAUGCCGAAGCUUUGGAUCCUACGAGGCCUAGACUAUCAGCAGGCAUUCGUCCCCAACAACUACCUCAGGCAAAACGGACUUCUCGACACCGCAGUCCAUCAAACUGUGACACAUCGCCAGGAUCUACAUUUGGCUCAGCAGCAGGGACCUUGGCGUCUCCUCCAUCUGCCGCCAGGAAUUCGAAACGCAUCUCUGUUGGCAUCAAGAAGAUUGAUGUUGACGACUGGGAGGACGCCAUCGACUACUCGUGGGAUCAUGCCUUUGAUGUUGAUGAUGAUAUGGACAUGGUAGGCGAGAGCAUGACCAAGAGUGACUACCUGCCACAAACCUUCGACUUUGGCCCUCAGCGGACGGCUAGUGCAAUGCAACUCAGUAGCCUUGGAUCGCUACCUGCUCCGCCAAUGCGAGCUUACAAGUCCGAUAUGAACCUCCAAGGUCUCGGCAUCAACGCUGCGCGACCAGAGAAUGGCGUGGCUGGAGGACUAGAUUAUGAAGAGUACUCUGACAAGCACGACAGUCUUAAGGUGCCUUUCGUGCGCCGAGAGCCGGGUUCGCCCAUCAGCAAAUCGAGCUCUCAGGAAAGCAUUAUUCUCUCCAUCGCAUCCUCGAUCAUGUCAACUCACCGCUCGUCCAAUUCCAGUACCUCGUUAGGCGAUUUCGGCCAGCUGGCGAGCAUCGAGGAUGAGGGGACACUGCCCCCAGAUGACAAAAAGAUGCUUGCCAGUGGCAGCGGCAGCGUUUCUAGCUCAGACACUGUGACCGUCGGUCCACAAGCCGAGGACACUGCAGCAGAAGACAAGAUCGUGGAGCUGCCAGAUAUCAGCCAUCACAGAGGCGCGUCUACCUCCCGCGUCCCCACUGUACCGAACCGCAGUUCUUCCGUCGCCCAGGCGGCGAAAUCAGCUCCUCGAAAACGCUCCAGUACACUGAAUAGUGGACGUCGACUCAAUACGAGGGCAUCAUACUCUUUGUUUCCUAAUGCUCAGGCAGUGCCGCCUGCAAACUGA